GUCUUGCACGCGGUGCAAACGCUCUCUGAUGUGUGAUCUAACACCGUCCAUUGUCACCAUCUGAAUACUGUUCCCUCCUUUUUCACGGUUACGAGCUCUCCUUUUGGGAUCACUAGCACGUGUAUCGUGUCAUACCCCUGGAGCAGGCCGACAGCAAAAUGUAUUGGCGUGAUGCCGUAGCCACAUCGCUCGCGUCUGCGAGCUUGCUAGCAGCUGUCCAUGGCCAAGUGGUUACAGUUACCGAGUAUGCGAGCAUGUGUAGCGCAGUAUACAGGACCGUGCAUCCUACGGCAACUGUGCAACCUGUGCCAUGGACGGACGCGGAUGCGAACAGCGGCUUGCCCUUUGUGUUGCAGAUCACAGGGAGCUCGUACUCCAGGACGAAGCGACAGACACCCGGUGCAACAUGGCUCAUGGCGAACGGUAACACGACGGCAGACAGCACGAUGGCGCAGCAGUAUCGAAUAUCGAAUUCGCAGCUCCAAGGCGUUAACGGAGGUUACAUGUCUACCCUACCGUAUACAGAGAACGAACCAUUCGCUCUGGCAAGCAUGCCUGCGGCGAUUAGUACUACGUUCAGCGUACAGGGUGGCGUUUUAUAUUGGAACAAUUCGGACUUUAACAAUUUUCAAGGCGGCUCGGCAGAGUUCUACAAGAACCCAUCGACUACCUUAGUGAACGCGCAGAUCAUUGCGUGGUUUUCUGGAAGUUAUGGCGCUGAGUGGGAACGUGUUGCGCUUAUGGCUAUGCCAUGUAAGUGGCCUCCGGCUCUUUGAACGUACUUGUGCUGACUGACUACAGCGUCUUCCAUUGGCAUAUCGUCGAAUGCAUCGCAAUCAACAUCUGUCGCAACCAAUACCAUUCUUGAUAGCUCUUCGACUCCGGUACCGAGUGAUUACACCUCUCAAAACGGACUAUGUGGCGCCUUGAACG